AUGACGAGGAAAGGUUCCCAGGACAUCAUCAUCAACGGCGAGCGCUUUCAUCUGGACCUUGGUCUAAGUGGUCUGGCCAUGUCUCCUGACUUCAACUACCUGUACUGGUCUUCCACGUACAGCGACGAACUUUACCAGGUUCCCACAUGGCCCUUACGAACGAGCAAUGUGUCAAUCAGUGACCACGUCCGGUUCGUGGGUCACAAAGUGUCCAACACUGACGACAUGAUUCACGGCAAGGACAGCCUCUACUUCGGGGCUCUCACACUGGACGCUGUCUACAGGUGGGAGAAACGGCGCGAUAUGCUGGACCAGCACCUGUCAGAAAAAGAGGUUACCAUGGAAACACAAACCCAACUGGUCCAGAACUGGGAGACCCUCCAGUGGCCUGAUAGUCUGUGUCUGGACAAUCACGGGAACCUUUGGUUCACAUCCAGUCGUGCUCACCUCUUUUUGAAGUUAGUGUUAAUUCUUUCAGAGCGUGUUUAA